AUGGACCGCGCCGAGACGUCCCCCAAUAUCCCUGAGCCCUCGGGCGACUCUAUAGAUGGUGCGGGUAGUGUACCCCCGCAGCCCAUCAGAGUCGACUCGGCCUCAUCAUUCGAUAGUCCACAGAGACAUCGUCAACGAAACCCUCGAAGAAGGCGUCCUGUGAAGGAAACGCUGGACGCCCGCUCCGAAUAUACCACGAGCCAGGACGACGGCUCGGCCGAACACCGCAUCAACCAAUAUGUGAUCAGGCAAGAGAUCGGGCGAGGAUCGUUCGGGGCUGUUCAUCUGGCUGCUGAUCAGUUUGGCAAUGAAUAUGCAGUGAAAGAAUUCUCUAAAUCGCGAUUGAGGAAACGUGCUCAGUCGCAUCUUAUGCGCCGGCCGCGAGGACCCCAACGACCUGGUACUGGAUUCAACUCGCCUCUUCAUCGCCAUCCCUCGCAAGACGACAAUGUGAAUGCGAAGAAUCCGCUAUAUCUGAUCAAGGAGGAGAUUGCGAUCAUGAAAAAGUUGAAUCAUAAUAACCUGGUCUCGCUGAUCGAGGUGCUAGACGAUCCGAAUGAAGAUUCGCUCUAUAUGGUUAUGGAAAUGUGCAAGAAGGGAGUUGUGAUGAAGAUCGGAUUGGGAGAAAGGGCCGACCCGUAUGACGACGAGCACUGUCGUUGCUGGUUUCGCGAUCUGAUACUGGGAAUUGAAUAUCUACAUGCCCAGGGUAUUGUUCAUCGAGACAUCAAGCCGGAUAACUGUCUCGUGACCAGCGACGAUGUGCUAAAGGUUGUUGAUUUCGGUGUCUCGGAGAUGUUCGAGAAGAAUUCGAACAUGUUCACGGCCAAGUCGGUCGGCUCUCCGGCAUUCCUGCCACCAGAGCUUUGCGUUGUGAAGCAUGGUGAUGUUUCUGGCAAGGCUGCUGAUAUUUGGUCCAUGGGAGUCACUCUAUACUGCCUCCGGUAUGGGAAGCUUCCAUUCGAACAACAAAGCAUCUUUGAGUUGUAUGAAAGCAUUCGGAGUGACCAGGUGGUAUGUGAGGAUGAGCCGGAUGAGGAUUUUAAGGAUCUGAUGAGUCGCAUUCUGGAGAAAGAUCCAGAGAAGCGCAUCAAAAUGCGCGACUUGCGGGAUCAUCCAUGGGUGACAGGAAACGGCGUUGACCCGCUGCUCCCUUUCGAGGAGAACACGGCCCAGAUUGUCGAGCCUCCAACUGAGGAAGAAAUGAACCGUGCUAUUACGACGAACAUGGGUUCUCUGAUGACAUUGAUGAAAGCCGCGAAGAAGUUUAAACGGCUGGUCGAUCCUUCAAAGGCAGGACAGUCAAUACAAAGUAUCCUCGGUGACGAAUACGAGUCGCAUUUCGUUGAACCGCCAAUGGAGAUGGAUGACAGCGAAGACUUUCCCGCUGUUGGACUCGAUGCGAAUGCUCCAGGCGGUCCCAGUCUAGGCGGUGGUAUUCGCAAUGCUCUGGGGCGACAUCCUAUUCUGGGCGCAGGCCGUGAAGGCUCCGGUGCCGAAGGCUCAGGAUACAGCGAAGGAAGUUUCUCUUCCCGGCCAGAGUACAGCCCAUCCAGCAGCCGAUGGCCUAGUGGAGUGUUCGAGCCCGAAAGAAAAGAUUCCAGCUCAAUACAUAGUGGCCGAUCAACAGGCAAAGCCGACUUUACGCAAACCCACUCGCAAUCUGCAUCCCCUCACCCCACAUUAUCACGAGCCAGUUCAGCAACCACCAAACGAAGCGUGGAAGGAACCCGAGGCCACGCCCGAGACCCACUAGAAGAAGAAUUCCCCUUCCUCUUCAUCGGCCCAUCCACAUACACCGGCAGUUCACAAGAACCAAGCGACGACAUCGAAAGCGACACAACGCCCAUCUUCGCCGAGCCAGAAAGCACAGACGAAGUCGAGCCCGAGCCAAUCGUCAGCGAAUCACCUGGAGCUGCAGAAUUCGAUAUCUAUGAGACUGCCUACCGACAGGAGCUGGAGCGUAUUGAAUCAGACACGUACCCUGGCGCCGGGCCCAAGGUCUACCUGACACGGAGGGUGCAGAAUACCCAUGAUGUGUUGAAGUUUGUCAAGGACAGAGCGCUGGACCUGCAAGUUGAGCAGAGGAAGUUAUUCGAUGCGUUUCCACGCAAGGGUCCAGCUGGGUUUAGUGCGGCUGUUAGUCUGUUGCGGAGUCAGAUGGAUCAGAAGGGAUCGGAGGAGGGAGAGCAGGAACAGAGCCCCGAGUCCGAGCAGAGCCAACCUGCCGAACGGCGUGAAUCACACCCGCCCUCCUCGUCUCUUUCCUUGCAGUCUCUUCCUGGUCCCGAGGCAUCGUUGAACGAGGCGACGGGCACGCCGGGUUCGGAGUCGAAUACUGGAGGAGAGGAUUCGCUUCGCAGGCUGUUGGGUCGUGCUCGUGAUACUUUAUAG